AUGGCGGCUAUGUCCCCGUCGGAGCGAAGACUACAAAAAGAAUUAAUGUCUCUUAUGAAAGAGCCACCACCAGGUGUGACUGUAGACGGAGAUCAGGCUAGCCAAAAUCUAACGUUAUGGACAGUUCACAUGGAAGGUGUUCCUGGCACAUUGUACGAAGGUGAAAAAUUUGUAUUGCAGUUCAAAUUCACAAACAAAUACCCAUUUGAUUCUCCAGAGGUGACGUUCGUGGGCAACAACAUACCCGUGCACCCGCACGUCUACUCGAACGGCCACAUCUGCCUCUCAAUACUGACAGACGACUGGUCGCCAGCGCUCUCCGUCCAGUCCGUCUGCCUCUCAAUCGUCUCCAUGCUCAGUAGCUGUAAAGAGAAGAAACGACCGCCGGACAAUUCGUUCUACGUCAAGACCUGCAAUAAAAAUCCUAAGAAAACGAAAUGGUGGUAUCACGACGACUCGGUU